AUGGAGGUGGCUAUGGUGGACUUUGAGUGUCUGGACGAUAUCGCUGAUAAUUUAGGCGUGCCUCAGUCGCCCGUCAUGCCACCCCACAGCAGGAGGGGGCGCCCUAGCUGUGCCAGCAUCAUCACCAACUGGCAGAAGUUGCUUAAUAGCGAGACCCAUACGCAGAGCGAGACCAUCUUCAGCCGGCUGGCUAAGGAGUGCUGCGAGGAUCUGUUCGUGGACAAGACGGGUCUAGACGACGGAGACCAAAAGGUCAUCAUCAACAUCGCCGGGCUACGCUUCGAGACGCAGCUCAAAACCCUCGGCCAGUUCCCUGAGACCCUUCUGGGGGACCCUAUGAAGAGGAUGGAUUACUUUGAUCCCAUGAGGAACUUGUAUUUUUUCGACCGGAACCGGUCUAGCUUCGAUGGCAUCCUGUACUACUACCAGUCGGGAGGGAAGAUCCGUCGGCCGGCCAACGUUCCGCUGGAUGUGUUUGCUGAUGAGAUCGUGUUCUAUGAGCUGGGGAGCGACGCCAUGGAGCAGUUCAGAGAGGACGAGGGCUUCGUCAAGGAAGUGGAGAUCCCUCUCCCGACUAAUGAGAUGUAUCGGCAGUUCUGGCUACUGUUCGAGUACCCCGAGAGUUCCAACGCGGCACGCGGCGUGGCGUUGGUCUCUGUGUUUGUCAUCGUUAUCUCCAUCAUCGUUUUCUGCCUGGAGACGCUACCAGAGUUCCGGGAUAACUCCCUGGACCCCGUCUUACACACUAUCGUCACGCAUCCGAUGCCUUUUGAUGGGAACCAAUCGUUGAGCGGCCUCGGGACCUUGUUCCCGCCCUCGGCCGCGCCCAAAACCAUCACCUCCAUGUUCUCCGACCCGUUCUUCAUCAUCGAGACGGCCUGCAUCGUCUGGUUCUUCUUCGAGCUGGUUGUGCGCUUCGUGGUCUGUCCCUCCAAGAGCGACUUCUUCCACAACCUCAUGAACAUCAUCGACAUUGUCUCCAUCAUCCCGUACUUUGUCACCUUGGUAACGGAGCUGGUCACCACCCCGGACCACAGCUCCAGCCAGGCCAUGUCCCUGGCCAUCCUUCGUAUCAUCCGUCUGGUCAGGGUGUUCAGGAUCUUCAAACUGUCCAGACACUCCAAGGGGCUCCAGAUCCUGGGCCAGACACUGAAGGCCAGCAUGCGGGAGCUGGGCCUGCUCAUCUUCUUCCUCUUCAUCGGAGUCAUCCUCUUCUCCAGCGCCAUCUACUUCGCCGAGGUGGACGAGCCCAGCACGCAGUUCGUCAGCAUCCCCGACGGGUUCUGGUGGGCCGUGGUCACCAUGACUACGGUGGGCUACGGGGACAUGUGCCCGAUAACCAUGGGCGGGAAAAUGGUGGGGACGCUGUGCGCCAUCGCCGGCGUGUUGACCAUCGCCUUACCCGUCCCCGUCAUCGUGUCCAACUUCAACUACUUCUACCACCGGGAGACGGAGCAAGAGGACAAGCAGCCGAUGGCGGACGCAGCGGAGCUGGACAUGAAGGCCUCAGGAGACAGUAAACAUGGAAGUAGCAUCUCACUGAACGAGACCAACAGGACCCGGCAGAGAAACUAG